AUGGCUCAUAUACGCUUCAAGAGUCGAUUUUGCCCAGCACCCCCGCCACCAUCUCCGCUCAUAGCCAGCAGAUCAACAUCAGGUGUUGUAGAAGAUAGUGAUGAUUCCUUCACAAAUAAUAUUCCAGAAAACCCGUUUAGCGAUGAAAAUUUUUUGAAACUCCCCGAAGACAUCCAAUGUUUGUUUAUGCCUGGCAUUGAUUUCAAUCUGCUUCUGUCCCGUGACAAAUAUUCGAUUGGAUGUCUUCUGAGAUCUGCUUCGGAUUUCGGGAUGUUUCGGAUUAGUAAUCAUGGAAUAUUGGCGGAGGAUUUGGAAUCUACCUUAGAGGAUUCUUUGCGUGUUUUUGAAUCGUCCUCUGUUUUCUUACACCGUGUUGAUGAUCACCGUCAAGAGUUUGUCUGGCGCCCAUCCAUGCAAGCCCUCGGAUUAACACGUAAAUAUCGAAGAUUAAGUGAAAAAAUGGAAAUUGUUGCUAGCAAACUUGAAUUGAUUGCGGAGGAGUUGGGUCAGAUAUUUUCGGUAAAUGCUAAGAAACAACAAUACAGCCACAAAUUUGAAGCAAGUGAAUCAACACUAGGUUUAUGCAGACAUACUCGUCCAUUACCCGGGGUAAAAUCAUCAGCACAUAUUCAUGAAAUUCAACAGCCACAAUGUAAACACGCUCUAAUCCUCCAUGUUCCAGUGGAUGAAGCCGAAUUUUGUUAUCAGACAGAGCAGAGCCCCUCUUCUUCGUUCUACACAGGUCCAGACAGUAUUGUUGUCACGAUUGGAGAACAAAUUGCGAUUAAGUCUGAUGAUUUGGAGAGCUCUGCAACUGAUGGCAACAAUGUUGUGGGAAGUGACAACAAAAGAAAAGGGAAGCUCUAG